CAGAUAGACCUUUGUUAAUUCAUUUUUUCAGAAAAGUUUUCAUCUUUAAUCAGUAGCUAAGAUGAUAUUUUUAUUUGUUGCAAUGCUGAUAAGAUUGGAUUCUGCUGAAUCUGAUUUAAUGCUGACAGUGUUACCAGUUGGAAAAAACGUAAUGUUAGAGGAACAUGCUGAUUUGAAUUUGACAUGCAAAGUCAACUCACAUGGAAAACCAAGUGAAAGGUUAAAUUUAACAUGGAAAUUGCCUACAAGAUCCAAUGCCAAUGGAGAUCGUGUUUCAGUUUAUGAAACAAAUAAUCAGUUGACAGUUACCAUACAUGAUUUACAGGAUGAUGACACUGGGUCAUAUGUAUGCGAGUUACAGAAUAAAGGCAUCAAAAGAACUCGCAAAAUCCAAGUGUUUAUUAAGUCAAAAAAGUGUGUGAAUCAUUUUUUUGACUGUGAUAAUGGCAUCUGUAUUUCAAAACAUUAUGUUUGCGAUGGCUAUGUUGACUGUCCCAAUGGCUAUGAUGAAUCCUUUAAACAUUGUGGCCCAGAUGCUUGCCAUGAUAAAAUUUUAUGUGAAGGACGUUGUAUUCCAAAAGAGUUGUGUUGUGAUCCGUCAGUGGAUGUUAACUGUACUGUUAAUUAUAUAUUGCCAUGCUGUUAUGGAAUCCUAAAUUCAGUGAAACUUUCUGCCCCUCGAUGUCCUACAUCUAUUGACUGCCGCUACGGACAUGUGAUAGGAAACGGAAAUGCAGUGAUCUACGUUUUGGCCAGCUGUGCUAUUGUUGUUUUAGUGUUUUCGACCAUGGUCAUGUUUCUAGCCUGCAGAAUUUGUUCUCGUCGUGCAGAAGAACGAUGGUCCAGAGUUUUGGAGAAUGAAGUGCACCACCAAUGCCCUGCAGCAAGUUUAAACCACAGAGAUAUUGAAGCCAUUGAAAGCAAUGAUCUCCUUUAUGACUUUCAAGAUGAAAAUCCUUACGAAGAUCAUCCAGAUGAAAAUUUUGCUCUAGUUCAUUUUGUUGAAGGUAUCGGAUUUCAGCUUACUGAAAGUAGACCCAAACCUCCUCCAUAUACGGAAAAUAGUAUUGGUGUGCCUCCACCUCCUUACGAAAGUACUGCUGAUAUCAGUAAUGUUGAGAAAGAUUCAUCAACCGACGUUUAA